ACACCUCAAAGCUCCAGAACCCGAGCAGGAAGCAGUCCGUCUCCAGAAGUCUGAAACACCUCUUCAACUCCUCCAACAAGUUUGUGAAAACACUGAAAAGGGGGAUCUACCUGGCAGCUGUGUUCUACCAUAAAGACAGUUUACUGGUGACAGCGGAGGACCAGAUCCCCAUUGUGGAGGUGGACGACUCCUACAGCAGCUCCCUCAUGCAGGACUUCCUCUGGUUCACCAAGCUGUCCUGCAUGUGGGAGGACGUCCGGUGGCUGAGACAGAGUAUGUCAGUGUCUAUGUCGUCGUCCUCCACCCUGCAGGCUCGCCACAAGAUGCUCACUGCCGCUGGCCAGCUUCAGAACCUCCUGGGGACUCACAAUCUGGGCCGCGUCCACUACGAGCCCAUCAAGGAUCGCCACGGCAACGUGCUGCUGGUGACCAUCCGUGACACGGAGAGCCAGCACUCGCUGUUCAGCGGGAAGUGGAUGCAAGUGACCAAACUGCAGAGCCAGAGGAAAUCGCUGUCCACACCUGAGGAGCCGUACGCCCUCGACAUCCUUAUCAUCACCAUACAGGACAUCUUGGCGUACCAGCGGCGCAGCACCCACCGGCUGGCCCCCGGACUUUAUCUGGGCUUCCUGAAGCUCAGCAGCUCUGUAGACCAGAUCAAAGUCCUGGUGUCCCAGCGGACCCCCAACAUGCUGUGUCACGCAAGAGUACGAGACAAUGCCAACGUCUCCAGGGAGGAGUGGGACUGGAUCCAGACGCUGUCAGCUGCAGGUGAGAAGAGUGAGGAGGCGGAGUCCAGACCUGAAAGCCACGCCCCAUUACUGUACUACGAGCUGCAGACGUCAAUCAAGUCUCUGCUGAAACACCUGAACCUACCUCUGCACCAGGCCCGUCACUUCCGUCUCUACAGUCAGGAGGUGGUGGAGCUCGGCCACGGUGUCUCCUUCCUGCUGCUGCUGCCGGCGGCCGACGAUGUUUGCUCUGCCCCCGGACAGUCCAACCCCUACACCCCCCUGUCAGGGUUCCUCCACCUCCCUUUGCAGAUGUUUGAGCUCGGAUCACCGUUUUAG